UUUCGCUGUGUUUCCGUAAUGGAGUACGCCCCAGCUCGAGGCAGUUGCAAUUUGCGCUGGUCCUCCAGCGGUGGCCUUUGUGAUUUAUGAGGCAGUUUCCGAGCGCGGUCUAAAGGGAAGCUGUGAAGACGCGUCGCUAUAGAAACAAGUGCAGGAAGUUGCUGCGGGCGAUUUCUGUAAUGUCCCGCCCAGUGAUCCAGCCCCUGAGUGCAGGGGCCACUGCCCCAGAGGCGUUGUCCCUGCUACACCAGCGUCUCUUGGUGGCGGAGGAGCAGGCAGAGUCUCUCAUCAGAGAAAUGGGCAGUCUGGGAGUGUCUAGAGAGCAGCUCCUGGAGCCCGUGGAGAGGGACCCCAUUCAGCGUCCCAUUAGCCCCGUGAAGAUGCACCAUGCCCUAAGAGAGCCCGGAGGAGAAGGGCUACUGUGGCGCCAGUGUGAUGGGCUAGUGAGCAGGGUAUGUCGCAUGGAGAGCCUCCUGCAGACCCUCAAGCUCACAACUUUUCGCUUGGAGACUGAGAGAGACCUGGAUCCCUCACACUCAGCCCGUCUGAAGGAGCAGCUGUCUGCGCUGCAGCAGGAGAGUGAUGAGGAGCAGCGGGUCUCCAGAAGGGAGGUGAUGCGGCUGAGGGACCUGCUCCGCGAGGCCUGUCUGGACAGGGACAAGUCCCGGGGGGAGGUGCAGAGACUGGGGGAGGCCCUGGAGGUCGCCACCACCUCCAAGAUGGAUGUGGCUCUGGCUGCAGAGGAGCUGAAGAUGGUCAAAGUCCAGAUGAGUGAGAAGCUGCUGCAGCUGAAGGAGCAGAUGUCCCAGGAGUCUGCUCGGUCUUUUGAGAAUGAGAAAUCCCACAGUGCACUACUUCAGAGGGUGGAGGAGAUGGAGAGAGUGGUGGAGAUGGAGAGAAGACAGGCCCACACAGUGCAGGCAGACUGCCAUGCCCUGCGUUCUGAUGGAGAGGCCACUAGACAGAGACUACAAGAGGAGAAGGACAGAGGCCACAGGCUGCAGGAGCAGUGUGAGCAGCUCAAAGGGCAGGCAGAGGUAAAAGAUUCCCUUGUUUUGGAGUUGACAGGUGAACUAAAAAGUGCACGGCUAGCCCUGCAGAAGCAGCAGCAAGAGAACAGCAGGCUACUGAGAGAUGGGGGAGAUCUGAGGACUGCAGCUGACAAAGUCCAAGCAUUUAACAACCAGUUGGAGAGUCAGUGCUCUGAGUUGAGUUCAGCUCUACAUUCUCUUACUGUGGAGAAAUCCAAGCUACUGACUGAUCACCAGGCUAGCAUUAAGGCAGAGAGAAGUCGUGUGACCAAGCAGUUGCAGGAGCAAGACCUCCUGCUGGAUGCAGCCAGACGCAACAUUCAGGCAGAACUGCAGGGGGCGCUAUCAGCUAAAGUUAAAUUGCAGAUGGAACUGGAGACUCUGAAGGUUGACCACACCCAACUACUUCAGAGUUACACGGUUGCCCAAGAGACAGUUGCCACUCAGCGGGAGCUGUUGGAGCGUACCAUUGAGAGGCUGCGGGGGAAUCUGAACUCGGCUGUAAAGGAAGGGGAGGUUAUGAGGACAGACCGGGACUGUGCAAAGACUGAGAUGUGCAUUGUGGUCACCAAGCUAGAGGGUGAGAGGAGUGCUCUGGAAACACAACUCGCUAAUGUCAAGCUGGAGGCAGGAUCUCUGAACUCCACCUUGCAGAAGCAGGAGGAAGAGAAUAGGAGGCUCAUGGGAAAACUGGCUGUCAUGGAGCAUCAGCAGAAUGCUCAGCAGCAGGUGGAGCAGAUGCUUAAGGAGCUGACGGAUAGUAAGAACAACCUGGCCUAUGAGAAAGGGAAGCUACAGACCAGGGUAGAUCAACUCCAGGAGGAGCUGCAAGCUUUAAGGGACACCCAUGUAGAAAGUGUCCAACAAUGCAAGCUGAGCUCUGUGUUAGAGAACAAGUACACACAGGUCAGCUCUGAAAUUAGCACCCUGAAGACAACUUGUCAUAAACUGGAGGCUCAGCUCAGACAGGCCCAGGCUGAAGUCCAGGUGAAGGAGGGGGAGGCGAUGUCGGUGGUGGCAGCCAGAGACGAAGCUCUGCGGGACAGCCAGGCCCUGAGGGGACAACUGGACAAACUGCAGAAGCAGCACAGGGACAAGCUGUGUGAGCUGGAGGGCUGGCUGGGUGUGUCUCGUCAGGGUGGGGGCAGUGUGGCUCAGACCCUGGAGAACGUUUUGGUCUCCCACUCCCGUCUGCAACACAACACUGAGACAGUACAGAAGGAGCUGGGGAGACGAGAGCAGGAGCUGGCCUCACUCAGGAAAGACAGACUGCAGAGUCAGCGAGAGAUUCAAAAGCUACAGGCAGAGGUGGAAAAGCUCCAAGACAUCAUGGCAAUAAGUAACUCCAAGAAAAACAAAAUGCUGGAGCCCUUGCGUAAGGCCCUGGAUGUGGCAAGGCUAGAUAACAAGAAACUAGCCCAAAGUUUAGAGCAGGCUGUGUUGGCCAACAGCACUCUGCAGGCCAACCUGGACCGAGCCAGAGACCAACACCAGAGCACCAUCACACAGAGAGAGGUGGAGCUGGCUGAGGCCAGGGCAGAGAUUGGUCGAUGGUCAGAGCAUCUGGAAUCGAUGAAGCUUCGGAUGAGGAAAGAGAGGGACUCCGUGAAGAGGUUGUCACAGAGAGAAAUCUCCGAGUUGAGAAAGGCUCUUGAGGACUUGUCAUCUAGGUCAGGUGACCUCUCCAGGGCAAAUCGGGAGCUGCGGGAGAAGACCUCUGAGUUGGAGAAAGUGGUGUCCAAUCAGAAAGCCCGUCUCAGAGAUCAGAAGACACAGCUCAAGCAACACCUAGAUAAUAGAGCCACUCUGGGCAACUCUCAGAAAAUAAAAGACAUGGAAGGUGAACUAAAGAGCCUCAAGACCUUGAAGGAUCAGUAUCAGAAGAAGAACUAUGAGCAGAGUGAGUUGAUCCAGCAGUUCCGGUCCGAGACAUUAUCCCUCCAGCGGGAGCUACGGCGCCUGUCCUCCAGCCAGGAGGGGGAGCUAGAGGCUGAGAGGGAGCUGAGACACGUCAUGCAAGACAAGUGUCAGAGGCUGGAGGAGAGCAUCAAGAAGCUGCAGGAGGCCAAAGACCAGGCAGAGCAGAAAAUGAAAGAGGUCAGCCUGGAGUCACAGCAGAUAUCAGAGAACCUAGAGGAAGCUCACAGUUGGUUCCGGUCCAAGUUUGACAGCCUGAAGAGUGAUGGAGAGCCAAACAGAUCCAUGGGGGACGAGGAACCACAAGAAAAUGGAGACCACACCCCGGGAAGCAGUAAAGGGGGUGCACACAGUUCAUCAUGCAAACGCAACAGAAAGACUCUGUGUGAUAGCAGGCCUCCAGAACCUCCAGAGUGGGAGAGAUGGAGAUCCACCAUGCAACGCUGGGAGACCAAGAGAGAGCUGGCUCGCAUUGCAAAUGGAUACAAACCUGGUGGGAUACAUGCACUGACACACUCACAAUAAGACACGCAUACUGUAUAGUACACGCACUGGACCAAGGCACAUGGAGAAACCAACCCCUCACACAAUGAUCCCUUUUAUUUAUCCAAAACAUUGAACACCAAGAAAUAUGAGCGAGAUAGCAGCUGAGAACUGUGAUGUCAUCCUUUUAUCUCAGUCUGCACUGUGUAAAGCUGGUUUUGAACAUGCUGUUUUCAGAAUAAGAACUGUACAAUUAUAACUUAUACAAAGAUUGUUCUUAUUUUUAGAUUCUUCAUACAAAAUUAUAAUAUUACUGUGUACAAAUGA